UCGGGGGAUCCUGGCGGCGGCGGCGGCUGCAGCCUUGAGCGGGAAGGAAAGACUGACUGACUGGACCGCGAUCGAGCGGGUGGACUGACCGAACGAGCUACCGACUGACCGCCCGAGGCGCCUCGAGUUCCGCCAUGAGCUGGGGCACGGAGCUGUGGGAUCAGUUUGAUAACCUAGACAAGCAUACACAAUGGGGUAUUGACUUCUUGGAAAGGUAUGCAAAAUUUGUUAAAGAGAGGAUAGAGAUUGAACAGAACUAUGCAAAACAGUUGAGGAAUUUGGUUAAGAAGUAUUGCCCCAAGCGUUCAUCCAAAGAUGAAGAGCCUAGGUUUACCUCCUGUAUAGCAUUUUUUAACAUCCUUAAUGAGUUAAAUGACUAUGCUGGGCAACGAGAAGUAGUAGCAGAAGAAAUGGGACACAGAGUAUAUGGUGAAUUAAUGAGGUAUUCUCAUGAUCUGAAAACAGAAAGAAAAAUGCAUCUCCAAGAAGGACGAAAAGCUCAGCAAUAUCUUGACAUGUGCUGGAAACAGAUGGAUAAUAGUAAAAAGAAGUUUGAGAGGGAGUGCAGAGAGGCAGAAAAGGCUCAGCAGAGCUACGAAAGAUUGGACAAUGACACCAACGCAACCAAGGCAGAUGUGGAAAAGGCUAAGCAGCAGCUGAAUCUUCGUACACACAUGGCUGAUGAGAAUAAAAAUGAAUAUGCUGCACAACUUCAGAACUUUAACGGAGAACAGCACAAACAUUUUUACAUAGUCAUUCCUCAGAUUUAUAAGCAUCUUCAGGAAAUGGAUGAACGAAGAACUAUCAAACUCAGUGAAUGUUACAGAGGAUUUGCAGAUUCAGAACGUAAAGUUGUUCCAAUCAUCUCAAAGUGCUUGGAAGGAAUGAUUCAUGCUGCAAAGUCAGUUGAUGAAAGAAGAGACUCUCAAAUGGUAGUCGAUUCCUUCAAGUCUGGAUUUGAGCCUCCAGGAGACUUCCCUUUUGAAGAUUAUAGUCAGCAUAUUUACAGAACCGUUUCUGAUGGUACUAUCAGUGCUUCCAAGCAAGACAGUGGGAAGAUUGAUGCCAAAACCACUGUAGGAAAGGCCAAGGGCAAAUUGUGGCUUUUUGGAAAGAAGCCAAAGCCACAGUCCCCACCCCUUACCCCUACUAGUUUAUUCACAUCCAGUACUCCUAAUGGGUCCCAGUUUCUCACAUUCUCCAUUGAACCUGUGCAUUAUUGUAUGAAUGAAAUAAAAACAGGGAAGCCCAGAAUUCCUUCUUUCAGAAGCCUCAAAAGAGGGUGGUCGGUGAAGAUGGGUCCAACACUAGAAGAUUUCAGUCAUCUGCCUCCAGAACAGAGACGUAAAAAAUUACAGCAACGGAUUGAUGAACUUAACAGAGAACUACAAAAAGAAUCAGACCAAAAAGAAGCACUCAACAAAAUGAAAGAUGUGUAUGAGAAAAAUCCACAAAUGGGGGAUCCAUGCAGUUUGCAGCCCAAACUAGCUGAGACGAUGAAUAACAUUGACCGGCUACGUAUGGAAAUACAUAAGAAUGAGGCCUGGCUUUCUGAAGUGGAAGGUAAAACAGGUGGGAGAGGAGACAGAAGACACAGCAGUGACAUAAAUCAUCUGGUCACACAAGGAAGAGAAAGCCCUGAGGGAAGUUACACAGAUGAUGCCAACCAGGAAGUCCGAGGACCACCACAACAGCAUAAUCAUCCUAAUGAGUUUGAUGAUGAAUUUGAAGAUGAUGAUCCUUUACCUGCUAUUGGACACUGUAAAGCUAUUUAUCCAUUUGAUGGGCACAAUGAAGGCACUCUGGCCAUGAAAGAAGGUGAGGUCCUCUACAUUAUUGAGGAAGACAAAGGAGAUGGAUGGACAAGAGCUCGAAGGCAGAAUGGAGAAGAAGGCUAUGUGCCAACAUCUUACAUUGAUGUAACUCUAGAGAAAAACAGUAAAGGUUCCUGAAGAGGGUUUCUGAGAAAAUGGGCGAGAUGUGGAAGGAGGUUACAUGCAGCUGCUCUUUGGGGGGAGGGUAGUAGAGUUGGCAGGCUUAAAGGGAAAGAGAGAAAAAAGCAAAUUGCAUGAGUGCAUGCAGGCAUAUUUUUUUUUUUCACUAACCUCAUUUCCAUGCAUUGUUUUUUUAAAAAUCGUGAUAUUACAAAUUCUCACAGUUCUGCUUCAGAAUUCUCUUUUAGAAAAAGGCCCAAACAACCUUUGCCACCUUUUCCCAUUUGUUUUACUUUUUCUGUUCAAGUCACAAAACUGCAGUGAUGGUUUCCCAUUUGUUUCACUCACUACAGUUGUCCCAGUAGGACUGUCUUCAUCCAGACCCUGUUUUAAUUGGCUGUUAGUUAGACCCAUGCCAUUUGUCAGUGUCUGCCUGUGCCACCUCCAGGCUCGCCUAACAUCCUGUUGCAUGUCUAGAAUGACUGGACUAGAUUUGUGUCAGGCAUGUCCUUUAUAACCUCUUGUUUUCAAUGCUUGUGUUUUGUUUUACAUUUGUAAUGAAAACCACUGUUUUGUGAAAUCUCUCCAGCACUAAUGUUUCCAUCCCAGUGUUCAUGUAUGCUGCUAUAAUGUUCCCAUUCAUUGCAACCAUCGUCACAUUCCAGUUUUGACAUUCUGAAGAAGUGGUCUGUGGACCCUUGGUGAUUAGAAAAAGAAAACAUCUCUGCUGUAGCCUACAACAUAGUCAAAAGAACUCUGAAAUGUGAUACAUCUCCAGCACCUCAUUCUGAGAAGAACCUAUAGUGAGCACUGAAAUCCUGGCAAAGUAACACAUAAGAUACUCACCAUCGCAAGACAAAUGACUCUUUUCAAAAGUCAGCUGCUUGCCGUUCAAAUACUGCCUUAAACUAGAGUGCCUAAAUCUGUUGAUUGCCAACACUACCACUACAGUAUCCCACAAGGGCUUGGUGUGACCUCCUGUAACUCUCCCCAGUGCUGCUGCAGCUGCAGAAGGAGCCGUGGUAGGUGGCUUCUAGAGCGCUUCUACAUUUGAUGGUGCAUCUCUUCACAUUUAUGCAUCAAAACUAAAGACAUGUAUCUGUCCAUUUUACUUUACUAAAUGUUUUUAAUAGAAUUUGUAUGGAAUCUCUCUCCCUACCCUCCCCAAUUGUCUUUUAAUUUGGGGUAAUGAAGCUACCACUUAUUUACUAUAAUGAUAGUCUGUCCCCAAGUGAUGCUUUCAUUUUGAACCAGUUUAAAUUUGAGUGGAACUUUGUAAUGAUCUAUGUGCACUUUUCCUUGUAAGAUGGCAAUUUCAGUCUGUUUAUACGUGUAAAUAGAGUUGUCCACAGUGGCCCUAUUGCUCAUAUGGUCUUGCCUCCCAAUUGUGAUUCUGUUAAUGGCGUGCAUUAUACCUGAUUUACUAGAAUAGUGAAGUAGGGGAAGGGAAAUACUUGUACCACUCAUGCUUCAUUAAAUCAGUUCUUUGCUGUUUGAGGGAGAAAGAGAAUGUGAAAUGGUCUGUGCUUCAUUGGAUUUUAAGCAAUAUUUUAGAAGCCUUGUGACUCCUUUUAAAAGACUUUUAUUUCCAGUGUUAUUUGACUUGUACUACCAGUAAAACUAAAGCUGAGUGACGAUUGUGUGGAAGCUGAUUCCUUUAUUAAAAUGAAUAUGCCACUAUUACACAGCUGACCGUGUAUUACCUUUGGGGCUAUGAAGCUAUCGAGUUUAGAUUUUGGAUAUUGUAUACAGGGUUAUUUAUAUUAUGUGACAUUACUCAAUACUGACAAACUACAAAAUGUAGUUUUUAAAAUCGAGUGCUUUUUUUUUUUCUUUUCAUUUUAAAGGUUAGCAGUGGGAAGGAAAUGUGAUCUGGCUGUUUGUCUUUUGUAUGAGGCCUGGAGUUCUUGUGUUUGCCUGGCUAGCAGCCAACAGGUCAAAGUUUAAGGCUUCCUUGUAAGGACUAACUGUUCUUUUCAAGCUACUGUUUGUUUUUGUAAAAGCAGGAUUUGCUUCCGCUGGGGACAAGUCCCUUCGUGUGGGAUAGUGCAACCUGUAUAUGGGUUAUUACAUAUAGGAAAGACAUUUUUACUUGCACAGCUAGUUAAAAUCAUUCUGAAAAUUGGAACAUGUGAGUUGUCUUAAAGAGAUCUUCAAUUUUUUCAGUGAUUUUUAUGCCUUUUGUGUACAUGUUGAUUUCUUAAUGGUAAAUGCUUUGUUUAAAAUAGUGUUCUCUGUUGAGAAUAUUUUCAUGGAAUAAAAAAUCUUUUCAUGGUCGGUCA